UGUAGGGAGCGUGCACCAGCGUGCGCACCCCCUCGGGUGCGUGGAAAUGGAGGCAGAGAGGGCUCGCCCCCGUUGUGCUGGCGACCGUCACCUUUAAGUCCGGGGAUGGAAAUAGCGAAGAGGAGCUUUGAACCCCUCGCCCGGCCGGGUAGUGCAGCUGUCACCCGGCCCGCCCUAGCGCCAUGCCAAAUCGGGGGCUCCUUCCGAUCAGUGCCCCAGCCUGCGCCCCCCUCUCCGGGCGCGGGCCGCCCGGACAGCCGCGCGGCCACUCCGAACCUCGCGGGUCACAGCCUCCUACUGAUGAGGGUUUUGGAGAUGGAAGCGCCCAAGUUGCGCUCUUUGCCAAGUCAGCGCCCACUGUGGCCUUGGACAGACACUUCGGCCUCCAAGCCACCCGCUCUGGGAGCUCCAAAGAGAGGGCGAGGCCCGUUCUACCCCUUCCCAAGACGGGUUUGAGCCUGACAUCUUGACACCCGUCCUCGUCCUGAUGCCAGCAGCUUGCAAAUGGGUGAUGCUGGAGCGCUGGAGGCGAGUGUCACAGACCUUUCCCCGGUGUUCCCUCAAGGUUCUCCCAACUAGAGAACAACUCAAUUGAAAGCCAAAGGGACCAUUCAUAAACCCAUUGAUGUUGUUCAUACAGGUGAAGAUUCUCGUUCUGAGAGGUGAUAACGAUUUAUCCAAACUGAGAUCCUCUGACUUCCAGACGUUUCUUAUACUGCAGGACAGUGAGAUGGUGACGACUAUCUUUGCCAGGAAAAGGAAUGAGGAAUCCACAUCUGAUUCUUCACUAGCAGAUAAGGCGGCUGCUGGUGCUGACCUGAGAGAGCAGCGUGAGGCUAUGGGAAGCCUUUCUCCAAAGUCGGCCCAUCAUUCCAGGCUCACUUCCCUCUGUGGAUUCGUGAGCAGCCCUGACGAGAGGGCAUGAGGGUUCUGGAGGAUGCCCACUAAUUUGAAGUGUUUCAGCCCACACAGGCCCUUGUUGUUAUUAAUUUCCUGUUGGGGUGAACCAAGUAGCCGGCGAUCACAAUACAGAUGGCAGUAGCGGCUUCACCAUGGCAACGAUGACGCCAAUCGGCGGGAGGCGUACCGACACCCUUUAGUUCCGGCUUGCUGGUGACGUCACUUCCGUCCCCGGAACGGCGGCGUGCACGCCUCUCUUCCUGCUGCGGCGGAGUGGACUCUGAGCCGAGGCGGAGGGAAUCCACGAGAAUGUGGGGCCGGCGACAUGGAAAAGGAAGGUGGGAAGCCCGCGGCCGUGGUCGCAGUGGUGACUGAGCCGCGGUUUACCCAGCGAUGCAGGGAGUAUCUCGAGAAGGAGAAACUCCUGGACAGACAGCACCGCGUGGAGAAGAUGCCGGACGGCACCGUGGCGCUGCCGGUGCUGGGAGACGCGCUCUCCGAGCAGCACCUGCGGGAGCUGAGGGGUCGUGUGGCUCCAGGCGGCACCUGUGCACUGACGCAGCUCCGGGAUCCUGUGCCUUCCAGGAAGGCCCAGGGUUGUUCGCCUGCCCAGCGGCUGUGCCUUGAGGUGAGUCGCUGGGCCGAGGGCCGGGGAGUGACAUGGUCAGCUGAGUUGGAGGCUGAUUUGCCCCGAUCUUGGCAGCGACACGGUAACCUCUUGUUGCUGAGUGAGAACUGUUUCCAAGCCAAGCAGUGGAAACAUCUGGAACCAGAACUCUGGGGGGUAGUGGCCUCGGCACUCGGCGUCCAGCGUUUGGCCAGACGAGGGCGGGUCUCACCAGAUGGCACCCGGACGCCAGCAGUGACUCUGCUGCUGGGCGACGACGGCUGGGUUGAGCAUGUGGAUAACGGGAUCCGGUACACGUUUGACAUGACCCAGUGCAUGUUCUCCUUCGGAAACAUCACCGAGAAGCUCCGAGUGGCGUCGCUGCCCUGUGCUGGACAAGUGCUGGUGGAUCUCUACGCGGGGAUUGGUUAUUUUACAUUGCCAUUCCUCGUUCAUGCUGGCGCCGCCUUCGUCCAUGCCUGUGAGUGGAACCCCCACGCGGUAGUGGCUCUGAAACGUAACCUUGAGAUCAAUGGAGUAGCAGGUCGGUGCCAAAUACACUUUGGAGACAACAGGAAGUUGAACCUCUCAAGCAUUGCGGACCGGGUGAACCUGGGGCUGAUUCCCAGCUCUGAGGAAGGCUGGCCGAUUGCCUGCCGGGUGCUACGAAAGGAUGCCGGGGGCAUUUUGCAUAUCCACCAAAAUGUGGAAUCUUUCCCAGGGAGGAAUCUCCAGCCUUCGGGAAACAGUGAAAUGGGGAAGGAGGAUUGGCCUUGUCCUCAGCAAAUUAUCAGUAACCAACGGGAAAAUGGAGCUACUGGGGAUUCUAGGAGGAAAGUGCUGUCCGCAGCCAUCAAGCCAGAGUGGCACAGGUGGGCGGAGUCUGCAGAAACUCGAAUUGUCACUCUGCUUCAGCAGGUGCACGGGAAACCGUGGAAGACACACAUCUUGCACAUCCAACCAGUGAAAUCCUAUGCACCCCACGUGGAUCACAUAGUCCUGGAUCUAGAAUGCCGGCCCUGUCCUCUGGUUGGCUAGAGAUGGUGGAUCCAGAGGCAUGAGGAUCUACCUGUGAGUGAACCUUCAUGCAUCAGCUCAGGCCAGGUUCUCACCCCUCUUGCCUCCGGUAAUCCAUUUAAAUACAGUAUUUUGUGGCCCUGCAAGCAGGCUCUGGACCAGUCCAUCCUGGGAGAAGCAGUAUGGCUCACUGAAAUGAGGCCCAUCUGUGCAGUCAUGCAUUCCGAAUCCUGACCUCGGUUCUGUCUGACCGUGGGUACCUGGUUUCAGUAUUCUUUUGGCGUUGGGUUUCCGUAUUUACAAAAUAAGGGUUUCUCUGAAUUAUCUUACAUGGCUUUUAUUUAAUGAGCGGUUGCACACAGGAUGUUGGUCAUCAGAGUGAAAGGCAGUGCUGUUUCCAAAAUCAUUCUGGUUACCAUAUGAAAAAUCAACCAGAAGGUGUCCAGGAGGGAAGCAGACCAGUGAGAAGGUCUCUGUAGUUGUCCAGGCAUGAGGUGAUGGUGGCCUCUAGUUGGUGGCAGUGGGAGGUGGAUGAAUUUGAGAAAUAAAAUCAAUGUGACUAAACAAUGGAGUCUA